UGAGCGCAUUGGCGCGCUAGAGAGGAUGUGAUUCCGAGAUUCAUAAGCCAUGACCCUCCAUUCUCAUCACCCACGUGUAUUACAAAUGUCGCCAAGCAUCCAAGAAAAGCAUGAAACUCUACCGUCCCCUUAAAUAGCCACUUCGUCCUUCUUACUGCUUCUGUAAUUCACCCACUUCUUUGAUCACUUAAAAGAGCCCAAAUAAUGGAGUUCUUUCUCAUUCUCAUCUUCUCGCUCUGUCUCUGUGCAGCCCUCAAACUAUUAGUCUAUCUCGUUUCUCAUAACAAAUCCAACCAAACAAAGUUCUCUCUUCCACCAGGGCCUCGGAAAUUACCCAUAAUCGGCAGUUUCCUCUUGCUUCAGGGAUCUUCGUUCUCACAAUUUGAGCAUAUCCUCAACGACCUCCGCCACAAGUAUGGCCCCAUUGUCACUCUCCACAUUGGCUCCCGUCCAUCGAUCUUCAUCACCAACCACUCCCUUGCUCAUCAAGCCCUCAUUGAGAACGGUGCCACCUUUGCAGACCGCCCACCAGCCAUGUCCCCUAUUCGCUUCAUCAAAAGCAACCAAUACAACAUCAACUCCGCCCCUUAUGGUCCUAUGUGGCGGCUACUCCGCCGGAAUCUCACCUCUGAGAUCCUCCACUCUUCUCGGGUUAAAUCCUUUUCUCAUGCUCGUAAAUGGGUCUUCCAGAUGUUAACUGAACGGUUGAAACAUCAUGUUGAAUCUGGGGAACCCGUGCAAGUGAUGGAUCAUUUCCAGUACACCAUGUUUUGCUUGCUGGUCAUAAUGUGUUUGGGAGAAAAACUAGAUGAGAAAUUCAUCAGAGAGAUCGAAGAAACAGUGAGGACCCUUCUAGUCAAUGCCGGAAGAUUUGGAGUAUUUGCUUUGUUGGGAAAAUUGGGGAAAAUAGUCUUCAGAAAACGCUGGCACCAAUUGAUUGAGAUCCGCCGUAGACAAGAAUCUGUUCUCAUUCCUUUAAUCAGAGCCCGCAGAGAAAGAAAGGAGAAGAAACAAGAGAACCCAGAUGAAUUUGUAGUCUCUUACGUCGAUACACUAUUUGAUCUUCAAAUCCCAGACGAGGGAGGACGAAAGCUAUCCGAGGAAGAUAUGGUGACUCUCUGCUCGGAGUUUCUAAACGCCGGCACUGACACGACAUCUACGGCGUUGCAGUGGAUCAUGGCAAACCUGGUGAAGCACCAAGAAAUCCAAGAAAAGCUCUAUUCUGAAAUCGAAGGAGUUGUUAGUUCAGGGGAAAAGAAGAUCAAAGAAGAGGAUUUUCAGAAGAUCCCAUAUCUGAAGGCAGUGGUGUUGGAAGGGCUAAGGCGGCACCCACCAGGGCACUUCCUGCUGCCACAUGCUGUCACGGAAGAUAUUGUAUUGAACGGACAUGUUAUACCAAAGAAAGCUACGGUGAAUUUUAUGAUUGCUGAGAUGGGGUGGGACCCAAAAGUUUGGGAAGAUCCAACGGAGUUCAGGCCAGAGAGAUUCUUGAGCAAGGAGGGAGAAGAAGUAUUCGAUAUAACAGGGAGUAGGGAGAUUAAGAUGAUGCCAUUUGGUGCAGGGAGGAGGAUUUGCCCUGGAUUAGGAUUAGCUUUACAUCACUUGGAGUAUUUUGUGGCUAAUUUGGUCAGGGAUUUCAAAUGGACGGCUAUGGAUGGUGAUGAUGUUGACUUGUCAGAGAAGCAAGAGUUCACAAUUAUGAUGAAGAACCCAUUGUGGGCCCACAUCUCGCCAAGAAUACAGUAAGAGAUAUUUUGGCAGGAACGUUUAUCAAUGUACUUUAGGGUUCAUAAACCACUAUAAGGUUUAGCAUGUUCCCCAAAAUAAUCUCAGAUACCCGUUUGUGGUGAAUGGAGUUGUUGAAGGAUAACUCGUUACUUGUUUCUUUUAUGAUAAUUAUUUCCAUCCUGUAAUAUUUCAUAACUUGAUGUCUUUUGGCUCAACACGUAAAUGUUGAGUUGAAUAUCUACAUGAGUGUUUCUCAACCUUUAAUAGAAGCUAACUUGAUGUCUUUUAGCUCA